AUGGGGUUCUUUCGACUCACAAAAGAUGUCUCGACUCAAAAGAUGUCUCGACUCAAAAGAUGUCUCGACUCAAAAGAUGUCUCCGACUCAAAAGAUGUCUCCGACUCAAAAGAUGUCUCCAACUCAAAAGAUGUCUCGACUCAAAAGAUGUCUCGACUCAAAAGAUGUCUCGACUCAAAAGAUGUCUCCGACUCAAAAGAUGUCUCGACUCAAAAGAUGUCUCGACUCAAAAGAUGUCUCGACUCAAAAGAUGUCUCGACUCAAAAGAGGUCUCCAACUCAAAAGAUGUCUCGACUCCAAAAAUAUUCUCGACUCAAAACAUGUCUCGACUCAAAAGAGGUCUCCAACUCAAAAGAUGUCUCGACUCAAAAGAUGUCUCGACUCAAAAGAUGUCUCGACUCAAAAGAUGUCUCGACUCAAAAGAUGUCUCGACUCAAAAGAUGUCUCGACUCAAAAGAUGUCUCUAACUCAAAAGAUGUCUCCAACUCAAAAGAGGUCUCGACUCAAAAGAUGUUUCCAACUCAAAAGAUGUCUCGACUCAAAAGAUAUCUCCAACUCAAAAGAUGUCUCGACUCAAAAGAUGUCUCGACUCAAAAGAGGUCUCGACUCAAAAGAGGUCUCGACUCAAAAGAGGUCUCGACUCAAAAGAGGUCUCGACUCAAAAGAGGUCUCCAACUCAAAAGAUGUCUCGACUCAAAAGAUGUCUCGACUCAAAAGAUUUCUCGACUCAAAAGAUGUCUCGACUCAAAAGAUGUCUCGACUCAAAAGAGGUCUCGACUCAAAAGAUGUCUCGACUCAAAAGAUGUCUCCAACUCAAAAGAUGUCUCGACUCAAAAGAUGUCUCGACUCAAAAGAUGUCUCGACUCAAAAGAUGUCUCGACUCAAAAGAUGUCUCCAACUCAAAAGAUGUCUCGACUCAAAAGAGGUUUCGACUCAAAAGAUGUCUCGACUCAAAAGAUGUCUCCAACUCAAAAGAUGUCUCGACUCAAAGAUGUCUCGACUCAAAAGAUGUCUCGACUCAAAAGAUUUGCUCGACUCAAAAGAUGUCUCGACUCAAAAGAGGUCUCGACUCAAAAGAUGUCUCGACUCAAAAGAUGUCUCGACUCAAAAGAUGUCUCCAACUCAAAAGAUGUCUCGACUCAAAAGAGGUCUCGACUCAAAAGAUGUCUCGACUCAAAAGAUGUCUCGACUCAAAAGAUGUCUCGACUCAAAAGAUGUCUCGACUCAAAAGAUGUCUCGACUCAAAAGAUGUCUCCAACUCAAAAGAUGUCUCGACUCAAAAGAUGGCUCGACUCAAAAGAGGUCUCGACUCAAAAGAGGUCUCGACUCAAAAGAUGUCUCGACUCAAAAGAUGUCUCCAACUCAAAAGAUUUCCCCUCGACCUCAAAAGAUCCCUUCGACCUCAAAAAGAUCUCGACUCAAAAGAUGUCUCACUCAAAAGAUGUUCUCAAAAGAUUUUCCCUCCGGACUCAAAAGAUGGCUCCGACUCAAAAGAUGUCUCGACUCAAAAGAGGGUGUCAAAAAUCUCCGACUCAAAAGAAUGUCUCCAACUCAAAAGAUGUCCUCGAUCUCGACUCAAAAGAUGUCUCUCCGACUCAAAAUAUGUUCCCCCCCCCCCCCUCCCCGACCCCUCAAAAGAUGUCUUCAACCUCAAAAGCUCAAACUCCCACCUUCAAAAGAUAUCUCGACUCAAAAGAUUUUCUUUUCUCGACUCAAAAAAGAUCUUCCCGACUCAAAAGAGUCCUCGACUCAAAAGAUGUCCUCGACCCAAAAGAGGUCUCGACUCAAAAGAUGUCCUCGACUCAAAAGAUUGUCUCGACUCCAAAAGAUGUCUCGACUCAAAAAGAUGUCUCCAACUCAAAGAUGUCUCGACUCAAAAGAGGUCUCGACUCAAAAGAUGUCUCCAACAAAUCAAAAGAUGUCUCGACUCAAAAGAGGUCUCCAAACUCAAAAGAUGUUCCUCGACUCAAAAGAUGUCUCGACUCAAAAGAGUCCUCGACUCAAAGAUGUCUCGACUCAAAAGGAUGUCUCGACUCAAAAGAGGCGUCUCCAACUCAAAAGAAUGUCUCGACUUUUUCCAAAAAUAUUCUCGACGCAAAUACCAAAUGUCUCGAAUUCAAAAGAGGGUCUCCAACCUCAAAAAGAUGUCCUCGAAACUUCAAAAGAUGGCUUCUGACCUCAAAAAGAUGUCGCGACUCAAAAGAUUGUCUCGACUCAAAAAGAUGUCUCUAA